CCCAAACAGAAGUGAGUGCGCAGCUGCCCAGCAGCAUGCUUCCUGGAGCCUGGACGGUACCUGGGUGGUGGGCACAUGAGCAUCUGACCCCGGGAACCGCCGGCCGCUCGCCCCGCUCCCCGCGGGCCGCCUGGAGUUUUGGCAGCGAUCAUCUCAUUAACGCGUGAAACGAGAAAAGAAAACCCACUCCAAGACUUCACAAUUAACCAGAGCAAGGGAGGAUCUGUGGACGCAUGAACAGACGCAGAGUAUGGUCCGUUGUCAUCCAGCAGAGGAGUGACGGCGCACCGGUAGAGGACCAUGGCCCUGAGCGACGCCAGCGGAGACCCUCUGCCUAUCAGCAACGGCGGCCAUCAUCAUCACUAUCAUCAUCCUCCUGUCAGUGCCAGCGGAAACGCUCCUCCACACGCCAGCGAUAUCCCGGACCCCCUCUCAGCCGCCUCUCGCGGUGACUGCCCCACGUCGGACGGAGACGAGGACGCCACGGCCACGGACUCGAAAUCGCAGCAGAGAUCAAAGGUCGCCCAGAGAGCAGGCAGGCCGAGCCAACACGGCGGGGCGGUCAAGCAGAACGGCUCCCUGAAGACCCUCCCCUCCGCCUCGGCGGACUCCCAGAGGCCGGCGCGAGGCCCCCUCCCGUCCCCCCCUCCCCCGCUGCGCCCGCCGCCGCUCUGCUGCCAGCACUGCCACUUCCACCCCGCCCUGUGCCCCUGCGGCCAGCAGGACUGCCCCCUCUUCCAGCCGGGCGCCGCCGCCGCCGCCGUCAGCUCGCCCUGCGCCUGCUGCCUCUCCGCCUGCCCAUACUCUCACCCCCACCCGCCUCACCCGUCCUCCCCGCUCCACCACCACCAUCACCCCCGCUGGCAGGAGCACCUGCAGAGCCAGAUGCACCCGCCCAGGAUCAGCCCCGUGAGGCCGUUUCGAUUCCCCAAAAGCUACGCAGAGCUGAUAGCUGAUUGGCCGGUGGUGGUGCUGGGCGUGUGCACGGUGCUCAUCGUGGUCUGCGCUCUAGUGGGCAUCCUGGUGCCGGAUCUGCCCGACUUCUCCGACCCGGUGCUGGGCUUCGAGCCGCGGGGAACGGCCAUCGGCCGGCGUCUGGUCACCUGGAACAACAUGGUGAAGAACACAGGCUACCAGGCAACGCUGGCCAACUACCCCUUCAAAUACGCCGACGAGCAGGCCAAGAACCACCAAGAACCCCGGUGGCCUAAAGACCACUUCGACAGGGAGAAGCGACAAGCCGAGUGGGACUUCAGUAAAGACUUCUUCUGCGAUGUUCCAAGCGGCAGCUACCCUCGGCUGGUGUUUGCGUCGGCGGAAGGGAAGAGCCUGUGGAGCAUUCAGGCCAUUAAAUCCAUGUGCAACCUGGACAACACACGAGUUCGUUCCCACCGUGACUACUGGAGCAUCUGUCAGCGCACCAGCAACGCCUCCUGCUGCCCCAGCUGGACCCUCGGGAACUACAUCGCCGUGCUCACCAACCGGUCGUCCUGCCAGAAGAUCACGGAGCGCGACGUGUCGCACACGCUCAAGAUCCUCCGCUCGUGCGCCAAGUACUACCACAACGGCACCCUGGGACCCGACUGCUGGGACAUGACCCUGAGGCGGAAGGACCAGCUGAAGUGCGCCGGCGUUCCUCGGAAGUGCACCAAGUACAACGCCGUCUACCAGAUCCUUCACUUCCUGGUGGAUAAAGACUUCCUCAGCCCCAAGAGCCUGGAGCAUCCUCCGCCCGUGCUCAAGUACAGCAUGCUCUUCUCUCCCACGGAGAAAGGGAAGUCCAUGAUGAACAUCUACUUGGACAAUUUUGAGAACUGGAACGCCUCGGACGGCGUCACCACGGUCACGGGGAUCGAGUUCGGCAUCAAGCACGACCUCUUUCAGGACUACCUCCUCACCGACACCGUGUACCCCGCCAUCGCCAUAGCCAUCGUCCUGCUGGUGAUGUGUGUGUACACGCGCUCGGUCUUCAUCACCCUGAUGACGAUCAUCGCCAUCAUCAGCUCUCUGAUCGUGUCCUACUUCCUCUACCGGAUGGUGUUCAACUUCGAGUUCUUCCCCUUCAUGAACCUCACGGUGCUCAUCAUCCUGGUGGGCAUCGGCGCGGACGACGCCUUCGUGCUCUGCGACGUGUGGAACUACACCAAGUUCGACAAGCCCCACGCCGAGCUGUCGGAGACCGUGGGCGUCACCCUGCAGCACGCCGCCCUCUCCAUGUUCGUCACCAGCUUCACCACCGCCGCCGCGUUCUACGCCAACUACGUCAGCAACAUCACGGCCAUCCGCUGCUUCGGGAUCUACGCCGGCACCGCCAUUCUGGUCAACUACAUCCUCAUGGUGACGUGGCUGCCCGCCGUGGUGGUGCUGCACGAGCGCUACCUGCCGAGCAUGCUGCCGUGCUCCAAGCCCUCGCACCAGCAGGGCGGCUGCUGCACCCGGGUGUUCUGGGCCGGUCUGUGCCAGAAGGCCAGCAAGUGUCUGUUCACCGUGUCCGAGGCCUCCAGAAUCUUCUUCGAGAAGGUGCUGCCCUGCAUCGUCAUCAAGCUGCGCUACCUGUGGCUGUUCUGGUUCCUCGCCAUCACGGUUGGCGGCGCCUACGUGGUGUGCGUGAACCCGAAGAUGAAGCUUCCGUCCUUGGAGCUGGCGGAGUUCCAGGUGUUCCGUUCGUCCCACCCCUUCGAGCGCUACGACGCGGAGUACAAGAGGCUCUUCAUGUUCGAGAGAGUCCACCACAGCGAGGACCUCCACAUGCCCAUCACCAUCAUCUGGGGGGUGACCCCCGUGGAUAACGGCGACCCCCUGAACCCCAAAAACAAGGGGAAACUGAUGCUCGACAGCACUUUCAAUAUGGCCAGUCCAGCCGCUCAGCUGUGGAUCCUCAACUUCUGCCAGAAACUGAGAAACCAGAGUUUUGUCUUCCAGUCGGACGAGCAGGACUUCACCAGCUGCUUCAUCGAGACGUUCAAACAGUGGAUGGAGAACCAGGACUGUGAAGAGGCCUCUGUCUACCCCUGCUGCAGCCAGUCCACCUUCCCAUACAAGCAGGACGUCUUUGAGUUGUGCAUUAAGAGAGCCAUCAUGGAGUUGGACCGGAGUACCAACUACCACCUGGACAGCAAGACCCCCGGGCCUCGAUUUGACAUCAACGAUACCAUCAGAGCCAUCGUCCUGGAGUUUCAGAGCACCUACCUCUUCACGCUGGCUUACGAGAAAAUGUUCCAGUUUUACCGUGAGGUGGACGCCUGGAUCACAGAGGAGCUGCGCUUGGCUCCGGCGGGCCUCAGCCACGGCUGGUUCAUCAGCAACCUGGAGUUCUACGACCUCCAGGACAGUCUGUCGGGAGGCACCCUGGUGGCCAUGGCUCUGUCGGUGGCCGUGGCGUUCAGCGUCAUGCUCCUGACCACCUGGAACGUCAUCAUCAGCCUGUACGCCAUCCUGUCCAUCGCAGGAACCAUAUUCGUCACCGUGGGGUCCCUGGUGCUUCUGGGUUGGGAGCUGAACGUCUUGGAGUCGGUCACCAUCUCCGUCGCCGUGGGACUGUCGGUGGACUUCGCCGUCCACUACGGCGUGGCGUACCGACUCGCUCCGGAGCCCGACCGCGAGGGGAAGGUCAUCUUCUCCCUCAGUCGGAUGGGCUCGGCCAUCGCCAUGGCGGCGCUGACCACCUUUGUGGCCGGUGCAAUGAUGAUGCCCUCAACCGUGCUGGCCUACACCCAGCUGGGCACGUUCAUGAUGCUGAUCAUGUGCAUCAGCUGGGCCUUCGCCACCUUCUUCUUUCAGUGCAUGUGCCGCUGCCUCGGCCCCCAGGGCACCUGUGGCCAGAUACCCCUGCCCAAGAAGCUGCGGUGUCAGGCCUUUGACGAAGUCACGUCGGCGAGCCCCCCACCUCAAGGAAAGAGCUCAGGCCUGGGGAAGUACCAACUGGACGGCAAGGGCGGGGAGGUGGAGAAUUAUGAGCUGGAGCCACUGGCUUCCACCCAGAAAGCAGAAGAUAAACCACAAGAAGAGGAUCAGUUGUGCACUCAGCUUUACAACGGAGUCCCUCCUCAUCACCACAACUCUCAUUUCUCACAGAUCCACUAUAAGGGGGCGGAAACUGGCAAGAGUGGCCAAGAAAAUGGGAUUGUGGCCGCCCUGAACACACCGGCCAGGUGUCAGUACUCCCAAAACACUAACUGUUCAUGUGGGGAUGGUCCUCCUCCUCCUCAGCUGCUGCAGCAGUGGACCCCCCACUCUUGCGCCCAGGCUCCUAAAGACUGUCACCCGUGUCCCUCCACCGCGCAGAUCUUCCCCGUCUCAGGAAACGCCCCGAGCCUGGACCCGGUCUACACUCACAUGGAGUGCCGGAUGCACUACGUUCACUGCCCCCUCACCCACUUCCACCACUGCUCCCAGGGAAGAGCAGUGCCGCCCAGGCAAGGGCCCGCCCACACGUGCCACCUCAGGAAGUACUGUAUCCACGCCGCUAACUCGCAGAACAGCUCGGGCAGGGAACAGAGACCCACCACCCCGGCUCCCCACCCCGACACGGGCCUGGAACCGGUCUGUGGCUCCGAGGGUGAAGACAAACCUCACAGACACCCAACAAGUCCCGACAGAGGCGCCGCAUCCCCCCCGCCCCCUCACAGCCCGCCGUCCUGCCCCCCACACGCACCCUGCCCCGACAGACGGACGGGGACGGGCGGCGAGAACCACGUGUCCGCGGAGGCUUGUUGUAAAGUCCCUGACAGCCAGGAGAAGCUCGAGAGUAUUCCCGUCACACGGGACGAGAGCGCCGAGAAGUGCAAGCGGAACUCGAGAAGACAGCGGGCGUCGUCCGCCUCGCCAAAGAAGCUCAACUGUUUUAACAGGACGUUGAAAGUGAAGUGCAAUUCUGCUUCAGAGUUUCACGAGCCAAAAAGCGAAGCCAGCGUGCCUCCCAUAGCAAUAAAGACCAACCCGUCCUCUGAGAGCUUAUGCUGACGAUAAGCCGAUGUUUUAAUGAAUCGGACUAAAUCAAAAAACGCGAAGCAAACGUCCAAAAAACACGAGUGACACCAUAGAUUGGAUUUAAACGAGGAUGAGGUGUUACUGCUUUUGUUCCAAAAGUGAAGCCAAAAUAUGGUCAUCUGGUUCUGGUUGUAGAUCCCACAAAAAAAAAAAUGUUUCUGCUCUUUCUGUCAUAUGAAAUAAUUAUAUUUACAGUAUAUGCAUAAUAAUGAGACAUGAUGCACUUUAUUGUGUUUUAUGUGUGUGAUCUCCCCUCACACACCUUCCUGCUGCUUCCUUUUUAACUGAAUCAUGAAUUCCAAAAUUUGAAAGGGCGAUGAUCCGGUUUUUAACACAUUUAAGAAAGAACAGACAUUUGGGAAUGAAUUGCUCUGAAGUUACUGGAAACCAGCCACCAGGGGGAGAGCUCAAAGUUUUGCCUUCACUUUGCGGCGAAGUGUGUGUCUUUUUCUGUGCAAUCGAACAAGUUUGUGGGAUGUUUGUUGACCAAGUGCCUCAGUGUGUUUCACACAACACAGAGAUCCUGAACCCUCAGAGUAUUUUUCUGUUUACAGUUUUGGUUUUUUUUACUCAUCACGUGCCAUAUUGUGUGUUUGAUGUCCGCUCCGUCACACGCCCUCCUUUAAAGUUUGCGAGCAGAAGUGUUCAAUACCCGUCAGCCGUUGAGUCAUUGUGUGUAUUUUCUCAUCACGCCGACCUUAACAGCAACAUGUGCCACAUUUUGAACAAACCGAUGCCUGUCACUUUUUGUAUGCGAGGUCGCUUGUCCUGCGUUCUCCGUCUGCUCAAGUCACCACACUAAAUAAAAGAUGUACUGUAU